UGCAGAAACGAGUAAAGGAUGGUUAGAGGAAGGUGAGCCAGUAGUGAGGAGCGAGUAGUUUCCACAGUGUUUUCCAGCUGAUCAAAGAUACUCGCGUGACCGCUCCUACUUAGGAUUCCUGUAGAAUAGCGAGACACGUGUUGUAGACCGAGAAAUAAACUCCAGUAGCUACCAAUUCAUUUUUAGUCUUUCUUCUACUUCUUUUUUUAACCAAACGUGCAAAACGCUUUAAAUGCAACGCUGUCUGAUCUAUGAGAAAGCCAUGGCAGCCGACACGAAGAACGGCGGGAGUUCGCUCAACAACAAUAACUGCAAAGACCACAGCAGGAGGAAGCUGCUGGUCGGAGUGGAUCUGUUCUGCCUGUUUUUAGCCGCCCUGCCUUUUUUGGUCAUUGAGACCAGCGCAGUUCAGCCUUACCAUAGAGGGUUUUACUGCGACGAUGAGUCCAUCAAGUAUCCGGCCAAAAACGGAGACACCAUUAGCGACGGUGUGCUUACCGCUGCUGGCAUUCUAAUCACCAUCCUCUCUAUUAUAAUUGGUGAGAGCUACAGGAUCUACUUUUUGAAUGAAGGCUCCAAGUCUUUUGUGGGGAACCCGUACAUUUCUGCUCUGUACAAGCAGGUCGGGGUGUUCAUCUUCGGCUGUGCAGUCAGCCAGUCCUUCACCGAUAUCGCCAAAGUGUCAGUGGGCCGUCUGCGUCCUCACUUUCUUGACGUGUGCGAUCCUGACUUCUCCACAAUCAACUGCUCUCUGGGCUACAUCACUGACUACCAGUGUCGGGGCCCGGAGAGCAAAGUUCAAGAGGCCAGGAGGUCUUUCUUCUCUGGACAUGCAUCCUUCUCCAUGUACACGAUGCUUUAUUUGGUGUUUUACCUCCAGUCUCGCUUUACUUGGCACGGAGCCCGUCUUCUUCGCCCUUUAACCCAGUUCACCCUCAUCAUGAUGUCUUUCUACACCGGCUUGUCCCGCGUGUCUGAUCACAAGCACCACCCCACUGACGUGCUGGCUGGUUUCGUACAAGGAGCCCUGGUGGCUUAUUGCAUAGUCUUCUUUGUGUCAGACUUGUUCAAGCCCAAAGGAAGACGCUCUACUUUGUCUUCAACCCCUCUGAAGAAAGAACUUGUUCCCGCCGUAGACAUCAGAGAGCGGAGCAACCACCUCAUCAUAGCAUAGAGAAGGCUGCAGAGUGACUGUAUAUAACCCUGACCUGUGCCUUUUUCUUUUUUCUUUUUAAAUCCUCACUACUACAGCCACUAGUCAAUACUGGAUAAUGGAAACUUCAAAGAUCUGGAAAAUGCAGACAGAUACGGAGUCUUGAACAUCUCACUGGAUGAGAAGACGCUGCGGAAAAACAGUUAAGCAACUUUAGCGUUCUGGAUGGAAAUUUGUCUUUAUUUCCCGUCCGAUUCACCAGACAAUCUCAGAGUGGAAAAGAGAGCUGAACUCCUUUUGAUUGAGAGAGCCUUGUCCCUGUUUUCUCUUAUGAAGAUUGCUGGAGGUGGCCAACUGUCAGCUUAGAAAUGGCAGCUGUAAACAAAGCUGUGUGCGGCUUUCUUGCCUCGGCUGCAUCUAUGAGUGCCGGGUGACACUCUACUCCUGCCACUUGCUCACUGUGUGACCUGUCCUAACAAACCAUGACAACCAAACAAAUUCCUUAAUUUCAGGAAGGAUGUUGUUUUCAUUUGGUUUGAUUGCAACAUAAGCAGUGUGUAUGAUUUAUAGCACUAAACUCAGUAUUCUUUGUCACCACUUGAAUGACAUGAAGUGAAGCUUUUGGAAAGCUUUGUAAGCUGUCGGGUUUUUAAAAAAAAAAAUGUGCACGAUGUAAUGUUGCUUAGAAGCUGCACAUAAGUAACAGUAGUUGGAAAGUACAGUGAAGGUGUAUGUUUUGGAUGUGGGCCUGUUUCUGCUGGGUAGGACAAGCCCCCACUGAGCCAUUUAAUGAAAUGCCUGUUGUAUGUACCAAACGGGUACUCACAAGUGUUAGAGGUGUGUGUGUGUGUGUGUGUGUGUGUGUGUGUGUGUGUGUGUGUGUGUGUGUGUGUGUGUGUGUGUGUGUGUGUGUGUGUGUGUGUGUGUGUGUGUGUGUGUGUGUGUGUGUGUGUGUGUGUGUGUGUGUGUGUGGCCUUUAUGGCCAGUGUACCUUAAUGUCAAGUUUAUAUAUCUCAGUGUUUAUAGCCUACUCUCCAGCCAGAGAACAAGCACCUGCUCCAACCGACACAUGUAACUCAAAACAGGAGCACUGUUGGGUGCAGGGGUUGCUGUACUAUUACUAAUUAUGGUGAUGAUUCCCAUGAUGACAAAUCCUGUGAUGUAUUGGAUUCUAUACAGGUGUGUGGGUGUGUGUGUGUGUGUUCAGUAAAUCUACUGUAUAUGCAAACAUACACCUAAAAACAACAAGACAUGCACUCAUAGAGCAGCAGCUACCCGUUUCAGUACCAAAGCACAAUUUAGUCAUUAUUUUCAGCACAUUGUAAAUGUGUAAUAACUCAGUCUUGUAAAGUAAUACAAAAGGGCUAGCAACAAGCUAGGGCUAGCUCUGCAUUAUAUAAUAGACGACCGUUUUAUAAUGAUGUCAGUAUAUUUGUAUGUUUUUAAUGUAAUUACCUAGCACAAUGAUAACUGUAACCACUGGGUGAAAUAUCAAAAUGUCAUCCUGACUCGACGGAGUUGAAACUUUAAUCUGACGUGUUUAUAAACGUACUUUAUAUAGAAUCUGAGCAUUCUUGUAUAUAUUUUUUAUUUUUUCCCCCCCACAUGUUGUUUCAUGCUGCGCUGUGCGUGUGUACAGCAGGCAUUUUGGUGAAAUGUCCACUAUGACUCUGACACCUGUGUAAAUGGAAUACGAGCUUCUUGAAGAGGCAGAGCAUGAAUAUUAAGUUUUAUAAAAAACAAAGCUCUCUAAGCAGACAGCUUCAGUACUUUUUUUUUUAAAGAGUUUGAGUAUUUUUGUAAUUUUGUGAAAUUUUGUACAAUGAAACUUUGUGACUAUAUCAAAAAUAAAAAUGUCUUUAAUAAAACGCCUAAAACCAA